UUUUGAGGCCCCACUCCAAAAGAACGGUCCUCAUUUUGGAUUGUUCCUCCAAUUUGUUUAUUAUUUUCUCUCUUUUUGGAGAUCUUUAUUGGUUUCGGGUCACGAUCUGGCCCUUCAAACAAAAAGGAGCCUAAAUUUCCAACAUUUCGACUGAAAUAUCUUGACUUUUCGAGGGAAAGAGAAGAGACCUGGUGUCCUGGUUCCCUUUUUAUUGUCUUUUUGAGGCCUUUUGGAGGAUAAGGCUUUUCUAGCGCUUUCUCCGCUCUUUUACCCUUGUUUCGCUCCUCGGAUUCUGGUGGUGGUCUCUUCUGGGCAAAAGGGUGGUCGGACCUCUUCCGAGGCGCCGAAAUUGGAUUUUGGCCUGUGAAGUUUGGUGUUUUUGCGAACUUGAAACCUAGGAGGUCUCGAUUUUGGGGGAUUUUAUGCUAAAAAGCCAAAGCCCAGAGCUUUUGGGGUUGAUCUGCUCGGAAGUUUGGAUUUCCCCCCUUUCUGCUGGCUAGGGUUUCGAAUUAUCAUUCUCAGUAGCAAUUUGAGUGGGUUGAGACUAGAAGCAUCGGUUUUUCUAAGCAAAUUUCAAGUUUUCAGCUAAUAAAGGAAUUUUGCAGAUUUUACUGCUUCUGUAUUCCAAUUUGCGCGCUAAUUUUAGUUCUGCAAUCUUAGAUAAGGAAAAACAGUUCCUUAAUCCAAUUCAUGGAGUCUUACCAACCCUUUUCACCAUCCUUCAAAUCUUCUGCUGCCACGGCCGUACUGGAGAAACCUAGUCCUGAGCCUGUCAAGCAGAGCUCCAAGAGCUUCGCCGGUGAAGUCACCACUCAGCGGCCGGUGCCGAUGGUGUCGACCCCUGAAGGAUUCAUUGGCCAUCUCGAGGUUUUUGUUCACCAGGCGCGUGACAUCCACAACAUCUGCAUCUACCACAAGCAAGAUGUUUAUGCCAAGCUCUGUCUCACUUGCGACCCUGAAGCAACUGUCUCGACUAAAAUCAUAAAUGGUGGAGGGAAGAACCCGGUCUUCAAUGAUAAUCUCCGGCUCAAUGUCCAAACCAUCGACACUUCUCUCAAGUGUGAGGUCUGGAUGCUGAGUAGGGUCAAGAAUUAUCUUGAGGACCAGCUCCUGGGUUUUGCUUUGGUGCCUCUAUCAGAGGUUGUCUUAGCCAAUGGGAAGUUGGAGCAGGAAUUUUCCCUCUCUUCUACUGAUCUCUUUCACUCACCAGCUGGUUUUGUUCAAUUGUCGAUUUCCUACAUCGGCUCUUCGCCAGAGGUUAUGGCCAUUCCAGCUCCCAUGGCUUCUGCGAUUCCGGAUGUUACUUUGCCAGAUUCAGGGAAGGAUGAUGCAAUCCCUUGCGACUAUGAGAAAAUUGAGUUCCCUGACUGGAAGAUUGUGAAUGAAAAUCAGCUUAUGGUUUCUCAGUAUUUUGGGAUCCCAUGCACCAAUUUGGAUGGUCCAAGCUCAGAGUGCUUGAUUACUUCGGAGAAUGGCAACUGCCCAGAUGAUGAUGCAGGGGUCCAUGUUGUCGAGAGUUUCUCAACUGACAACAGUCUUGUUUCUGCUGGAUCUUUGAAAAAUGACACUCCUGUAAGCAGUGUCUCAACAACUGAAUCUCCUAGGGUGUUUCCUACCUCCUCGCAGUCCAUCUCUGAUCCAUCAGCAACCUCAUCAUGUCUGAGCCAGAAAGAUAAGAGUGCAGAAGUUACAGAAGGUGAGGCUGAUUCAUCUUCUGGUGGGCGGUCGGACAAUGCAUUCACGAAACCUAUUAUCAGCAUAAACAUUGAGCCAGAGCAGACCAUUGAUCAAAAGGACAUUGUUGAUAUGUAUAUGAAAAGCAUGCAGCAGUUUACGGAGUCAUUGGCCAACAUGAAACUUCCAGUGGAUAUUGAGAAUAGCAGCCCCACUACAGAAAAUGCUACUUCUGGUUCUGAGAAAAAGUUGCCAGCAACCAAAGGAACUGGUUCUAAAGUUUUCUAUGGAAGUAGGGCUUUCUUCUGAAGUUAUCCCACCAGAGGAUAUACAUGUGACUCUAGACUUGGAGCUUAUAGUGGUCAGUUAAUGCUAAGUAGUGAAAAUGAGCGCCUUUUUUAUGCUGUUUAUGUAUAUCAGAAGGUGAAAGAUGAUGUGUACUCACUACAAACUUGCUGUUGUUAUGACUUUUACAUGUAUCUGAUAUGCUUGCUUUCCUUUCCUGAUUGUGUGGUGUUGUGAUCAGUUCGUUAAUGUUUUU